GGUGAAGAAACCAUAGAUGGUGUGUGACUCUCCUCUAUACACAAAACAUUGAAAGGAGUUUCACAUUGCUACUUCACCUUGUUGACCUUCCAUCCAGCCAUGGCUUCCUCUUCUUCUUCCUCUUCACCAUCAUCAUCUCUACUCUUCAAGGUAGCAUGGUUCAGCACCUUCCUCGUAUCCCUCACAGGCCUCCAAGUCUCGGCCUUGAAAUCUCCAUUUCACCCUCAAGACCUUCUUCCUGUGCUGCCGAAGCAGGUGUCAUGGCCCAUCAUGAACACCCUCCACAGCGCAGUGGAUAUUCUCCCACUCUAUGUGGGUGCUGCUUCUUCCCCAAAUCAAAUCGACGAGUGGAAAGGUGCUUGCUUUUACCAGAACACAGCUUGGAUGGAGUUUCACAACAAGUCCGGCUCUGAAUUUGGGGGUGGUACCCUUCAUAUAAAGGUUAGCAAUGCUCAUAGUUGGACAUGCCUAGAUCUUUAUAUUUUUGCCACCCCGUAUCGUGUAACAUGGGAUUAUUAUUUCCUGGCUCGUGAGCAUACACUUGAGAUCAAAGAAUGGGAAGGGAAAGCUGAGUAUGAGUAUGUAAAACACCAUGGGUUAUCAAUUUUCCUCAUGAAAGCUGGGAUGUUGGGGACCGUUCAAGCACUUUGGGAGGUCUUCCCUUUAUUUACAAAUACUGGAUGGGGCGAGAACUCCAAUAUUGCUUUUCUGGAGAAACAUAUGGGAGCCUCUUUUGAAGAACGCCCUCAGCCUUGGGUUACAAAUAUCAGCAUUGAUGGCAUUCAAUCUGGAGAUUUCCUUGCUGUUUCAAAAAUCCGGGGUCGCUGGGGCGCUUUCGAGACUCUAGAGAAGUGGGUUAGUGGAGCUUAUGCUGGUCACACUGCUGUUUGCCUAAGAGAUUCAGAUGGAAAGCUUUGGGUUGGGGAGUCAGGACAUGAAAAUGAAAAGGGAGAAGAUAUAAUUGAUUUGAUCCCAUGGGAUGAGUGGUGGGACUUCGAAGUGAAUAAAGAUGAUUCUGAUCCCCAUAUUGCACUUCUUCCUUUGCACCCUGACAAGCGUGCCAAGUUUAAUGAGACCGCUGCGUGGGAGUAUGCACUUAGCAUGGUAGGAAAACCAUAUGGUUACCAUAACAUGAUCUUCAGUUGGAUAGACACUUUAAGUGGGAACUAUCCACCCCCUCUGGAUGCUAAUGUGGUUGCUUGUGUUAUGACAAUUUGGAGUCAGCUCCAACCUGAAUAUGCUGCAAAUAUGUGGAAUGAAGCCUUGAACAAACGACUUGAAACCAAAGGACUUGACCUUCCAGAAAUCUUAGUGGAAGUUGAGAAGCGCGGAUCAUCUUUUGAUGAACUACUGACGGUUCCAGAACAGGAUGACUGGGUUUACAGUGAUGGGAAAUCAACUUCUUGCAUUGCUUUUAUACUUGCAAUGUACAAGGAGGCAGGACUGUUUGAUCCCAUUGCUAGUUCUGUCCAAGUGACAGAGUUUACGAUAAAAGAUGCUUAUGUUCUCAAUUUUUUCGAGAAUAAUUCGAGUCGCUUGCCAAAAUGGUGCAACGAUGGAGACACUGUGAAGCUUCCUUAUUGUCAGAUUAAAGGCAAGUAUCGAAUGGAGUUACCUGGAUACAACACCAUGCAGCCAUAUCCUCACAUGAAUGAAAGGUGCCCAUCUCUUCCCACAGAGUACUCUAGGCCCAGGAAUUGCUAGCACUCUUCAAUUUUUUCCUCCUAUCCUUGGGCUCAUUGCUUCACCAGAUUUUUUUCUGAUUCUUUGGACUGCUUAGGAGAUGUGAAAUGAAGUAUUUAUGUUUGUAUACAUUGGAUCUUUAAAAUAGAACAAAUAGUUCAGCAUUGUAUAUGAUCAGGCAACUUGUAUUAAAAGAUUCACGUAAUUUGGGUCAUCUUAGUAGCUAGGUUGAACAAAUGGAAAUUGUAGUUCAGCAUUGUAUAUGAUCAUGCAACUUGUUUUAAAAAAUUCAUGUAAUUUGGAUUAUCUUAGUAGCUAGAUUGAACACAAUGUAAAUAGAUGGUACUGAAUAUCAGUAUAUCAUGCAAUUAUUAUUAUUUUUAUUAUUUAUUA